AUGGUGCGGACGGAUAUCACUGAUGAGUCGAUCCGCUCACGGGAUACACCAGGGAAACAUUCCGCAAUCCUUGUCCUGAUGGUCGUUCACUCUGUGCUCGCGCAUGAAGCUCUGAAUGAUCCCGUCGAUAUCGAGAUUCGGAUGCCACGUUAUCUGGCGCCGCGUGUAAUUAUCAUGGUGAUCACCGACCCCAGCAAAGUCGUCGUCCUUGAUGCUGACGCGCAUCCGCUUCAUCAAAUUUCGGAUGAUGAUAUUGGCUCUUCUUACAGCUCAGUUCGUCUCCUGGUUCUUCUUGAAAACGUCUAG